AUAAAUCAUCCAUGUCUUUUAAAAAGAGUGGUAACUUCCAAGUGUUUAUCAUUUUCCGUAAGACCUUUACAGUAGAAUUUUGUACCGGAAGUAGAGAGUGUAAACAGACGCGCGCCGUCGUUACCCGCGACUGUCAGUGAUGAAACAGUGUUUCCUUGUACCAAACUAAUGUUUCCCUCACUUCCACAGGGAUGCAUCACUUAAACGGCCUUCGCUAGGUUUAGUCGAUCAGACCGCAGUAAUAAAUCCAGCAGAAACUGAACCCAGAGACCCGGCUGCAGGAGGGAGAGUCGCGGGGAAGAAGCGCGAUGCCGCGGCGGAAGAGACCAAACCGGGUUUUGAUGUUUUUGACACUUAAGAGAAAUGUGGGCAGUAGCUCUGAAGGUACAGAGGAUUCAGACUUCUCCGCGGAGCACACAGACAGCUCAGAGAGUGACGCCCACGCAGUGAGAAACACCCGCCUCACUCGCUCCUCACUGCGUCUCAGCCGCAACUCACAAGAUUCCAGUCCUGUGGGGAACCCGUCUGCCCCAGUUUCAGAGGAGGUGGUGAACUAUUCCACCCGUCGCGUGACUCGCAGUCAACAGCAGGGGGUGUCAGUCUUGCCCAAGAAAUACCCCUUGCGACAGAGUCGCUCUUCUGGCUCAGACACGGAGCAGCAUGGGGAAAUCUCAGAGAGGGACAUUAAGGAAAGUGCAGACCAUGAUGAGUCCCCACCCAGGACGCCCACAGGCAACGCUCCUUCCUCUGAGUCUGACAUUGACAUGUCCAGCCCAAAUGUGUCUCAUGAUGAGAGUCUGGCAAAGGAGCUGUCUCUGAAAGAAUCCAGCCUUGCUCACCGGCCCAAACGCCGACGCUUUCAUGAGAGCUACAACUUUAACAUGAAAUGCCCAACACCUGGUUGUAAUUCACUUGGACAUUUAACCGGGAAACAUGAAAGGCACUUUUCAGUAUCUGGAUGUCCACUGUACCAUAACCUUUCAGCAGAUGAGUGUAAGGUGAAGGGAAGCUCUCGAGACAAACACGUGGAGGAGCGGACGCUGUCACAGCGGCAGGAUGAGAAUCGCCAUUCAGCUCGGCAACAGGCCCAAGUGGAGCAACAGCUGCGGUAUAAAGAAAAGGUGACAGAGAUGAGGAGGAAGAGAAACUCUGGUCCACUUAAAGAGCAAAAAGACAAGUAUACAGAGCACAGACAGACCCAUGGCAGCAGUCGUGAGCCUCUGCUGGAGAACAUCACAAGUGACUAUGACCUAGAGCUAUUCAGAAAAGCCCAGGCACGUGCCUUGGAUGAUCUUGAAAAACUCCGGCUGCAGGGUCAGGUAACGGAGGGCGGCAACAUGAUAAAGACCAUUGUGUUCGGCCGCUACGAGUUGGACACCUGGUACCACUCGCCGUACCCUGAAGAGUACGCCCGCCUCGGCCGUCUCUACAUGUGCGAGUUCUGCCUCAAAUACAUGAAGAGUCAGACCAUUCUGCGACGUCACAUGGCCAAAUGUGUGUGGAAACAUCCACCAGGUGAUGAGAUUUACAGAAAAGGGGCUAUAUCUGUUUUUGAAGUGGAUGGCAAGAAGAACAAGAUUUAUUGUCAAAACCUGUGCCUCCUUGCCAAACUCUUCCUGGACCACAAAACUUUGUACUACGAUGUGGAGCCGUUCCUCUUUUAUGUGAUGACCGAAGCUGACAAUACCGGCUGCCAUCUUGUCGGAUACUUCUCCAAGGAAAAGAAUUCAUUCCUGAACUACAAUGUCUCCUGCAUCCUGACCAUGCCACAGUAUAUGAGGCAGGGUUAUGGCAAGAUGCUGAUUGAUUUCAGUUAUUUGCUGUCCAAAGUAGAGGAGAAGGUUGGCUCCCCUGAACGGCCUCUCUCUGACCUGGGACUCAUCAGUUACAGGAGUUACUGGAAAGAAGUGCUCCUGCGCUACUUGCACAAAUUUCAGGGCAAAGAGAUCUCCAUUAAAGAAAUCAGCCAAGAAACAGCGGUCAACCCUGUAGACAUUGUCAGCACUUUACAGUCACUCCAGAUGCUGAAGUACUGGAAAGGAAAGCAUCUGAUUCUAAAAAGACAGGAUCUGAUUGAUGAUUGGAAAACCAAAGAGGAAAAACGUGGAAGCAGCAAGACUAUUGACCCUACGUCCUUGAAGUGGAGCCCACCCAAAGGAACCUAAGAGAUUAAUCUGCAUGCUCUUCACUGUUUGCUGUAGCUUAGCUGGUCUUGGUCACUACUAGAAUAGUUCAACACAUAGGAAGGUGUUCUCUUUCAUAGGUUCACACAACAAUGCAUAGCUAUGACGCUUUGGGAAUGCCCCUUGGGUGUGCAGAUUGUCUGAAGCCUGAAUGGAAUCAUGCCAA